CAUUUCUGAUCCAGUGCAGGAUGCGAUGCGAUUGCGGAUCUGAAUAGACCAAACCAUCUUUGUAAACCGCAAUGGAGGGAGCCAAGGAACAGUAGUCUGGACCGGAAGAAAUAAUCCGUGCUCUUAAAUAUGUUGAUAAUGAAACUUUCUCGAUGCCUUGACGGUGAGAAAUAUAAAUGUCACUAUUUAAGAUGGCCAUCUAUCCGACGUUUCCCCAUUCGUUUUGGUACUAUACAACUGCUGCUUGGGAGCUCGAAAUUUUUCUUUCCGAAGAAACGCAUUACCACUGGCACCUUUCUCGUAAUAUAAAGCCACACAAUUUAUGAUGUCUACCACAUUGUCCACUUCUAUCAGCUCUGGUGUGGCCAUACUGUGCCCAGACUUACUUUAAUAGGAAACGCACAGUCCAAAGGAUCGUCCAGGUCCGACAGGUCCAUCCAGGCAAAAGCAGAAAAGGUCAAAUCCGUCAACAAAACAGGAAUGAGUGCAGGAUCUUAGACAUCUUAACGAACGUGACUUCUAACCUCAGUGAUUUGACACCUCUUUCCGAGUGACGAAAGCGGCGGAAAUAGUAAAACCGGGAAAGACGAACAACACAAAAUAGUGAUAAUGGGCAAAAUUUGACAGGCUUCACUUCCUUUGACACUCAGCUUGACUACAAAGGCGGUAUACACACUUAAGAACCUUUUUCGUUUUCAGUCAACGCUAAUGAAUUUUUAAUCAAGACAAAACUAAAUUCCCGUAUCCCGCUAUUUUUUCCUUGCGAUUCCCGAAUCCCAUCCCCAUAAAAAUAGGAAAUCCAGCUCCCGCUGGCUGUUAAAAUUCCCGCAUCCCGCUUCUGUUUUCAGCUCAUCCCGAACAUCACCACGAAAAAUAGCCAAAUCCCACAUCCCGCCAAACCUAUUGUGGACCCUCUAGAAAGUGUCUCCCAUGCUUUAUUUUAAAACCUUAAAAGAGUCUAACUGGCAAAGGGUAUGCAAUUUUUGAAAAUUAUGAAUACUUCUUGUAUAACUAUAAAUCAGAAUUGAUUAGAACACAAAGAGUAAGUUUACUUCCUUUCUUCAGUACGAGAUAUAAAUGAAUGGUAAUUUGCUACUGAAAUCGCUGACUGGCAAAGGUGCGUUGUAAUAAUUUUAUUUGAUUAACUUCACGAUUUUUUUUUUUUACCAUUUGAAGGGAAGCUUGGAAAAAAAUUUCUUAAACAAGUAUCUGUUGCCUUUCAGUUGCCCUGAAGAGCGACAAAAGCUGACCGUUAGCUUCUAUUGUUUUUUACAUGGUGAUAUAAUCACGAUGGGCGCGUGUAAAAUUUAAACUUAACUUAGCUGAAAAUGGGAACGUGUUAACAAGAUGGGACACAUUUUUGAUUCCGGGGAGGAUAACAAAUAAAGAAAUAGAAAAAAGGAAUAAUGUUAAGGUUCCUUUGGUAAUCCUCAGAGAAAAAUGUUUCAAUGCCCCUUUGGAUAGUAGAUACCUACAGACAAUUUGAUGGCGGCCCCUUCCUAAACCAAAUGAAACUGCAAUUUUAUUCUGGAUAUCUCUAAAAGUGGUACUAGCAGAAAUAGAGUCAGCUAAAAAGAAAGAUGAGUUUAAAUAGAUAGAUAAAUCAAUUUCAAUUGAUUAAUAUCGCCACCGUUACAGCUGUCAAAAUUAGCAAUUUGACAAGAUGAGCGUUAUUGCCGAAGAAAGAUAGGUUUUCACGGAAAGUUUCCUUCCACCAGCUGUUAAGUUUGCCUGUUGACCUUUUCUCACCCAUAAAUGACAGACCUUAUCUCAUCCCAAAGCAUUGAUUACUUUAGAGAAAAUCAUUGUUAACUUGCCAAGUUUUUCUCCUGAUGUGCUGUGUAGAGUAUCAAGUGACUCGACUGAUACACAACAGCAAAUUUUGUCAAACGGAUUGCCAACUCUCCGAAGACUUUUGAUUCGCCAUAAUGAAAGCAAGUACACAAAAUAGCUGUCCUUCUUUCGCAUCAGUAAUUUCCGUUCUAUCUGUCUUGUUCUACUGCGCUGGAUUUUUACGUUUUGAAGUGGAACUGAGCAGUCAGAGGAACAAAAUUGGUGCUCUUGAAGAUGCCUUGGCUACCGUCAAAACCGACGAACAGUUCGCACAGAGUUUGGCUACGGAGUCUCAGUCUAAAUUCAACCGGAACAGGCGCAACGCUGAUCCAAUAAAGAAUAGAACAGAAGAAAAAGAGUCAUCGGAAGUCUUACUGAAGAUCAACAAACUUCUGUCGAGCGGUAGGCUUCAGUUGAGUCUGUCAAAUGGUCAUACCAGCCUGCGUGGGUCACCAGGACCCCCCGGUCUACCUGGACCGAGGGGAAAGAGAGGGAGACCUGGUAGCAAAGGAGACAGAGGUCUGAUGGGAUCACCUGGAAAAAGCGGUAAGCAAGGCAUUAUUGGACCUUCUGGAAUGAAGGGGGACACUGGACCCAAAGGAGAGAAAGGAGAUAUAGGAGCGACAGGCAUGUCGGGAAUGAAAGGGGAGCCUGGGGAAUCGAUAUCGAGUCCUACUGUUGUAGUUUCUCCAGAAAUUUGGACUGUGAACGAGACCGAAUCAACGACUUUCCAGUGCUCAGUCAGUGGUAAUCCCAAGCCAACAAUAAAGUGGGAUAAGCUAGUCAAUGGAUUGGAACUAGAGAAAAGGAUGGUGCCAGAAGGACGACUGCAAUUGAGGAAUAUUAGAGAAGGUGACGCUGGCUUGUAUCAGUGUUCAGCGGCAAACAUCUUAGGAAAGGCUCAGAAAGUGGUUCGACUGGUAGUAAAUGUUCAUCCGCGUAUUUUUCUCAAUCCUGGACCAAUGUACGCCAUUACAGGAAGCAACACAACUCUUCCAACCUGUCACGUGACAGGGCAUCCACGGCCAGAUGUCAAAUGGCUCAGACCGUUUGGUCAGUUACCACAAGGAAGAGUUCAGUUGAACAACAACAACAGCACGCUGACAAUAUUGGACGUUCGCCGCAAUGAUUCUGACAACUAUGUAUGUACGGCGUCAAACCUUCGUGGUAGAGCUGUAGGAAAAACUCUGCUUUUCGUGGUCUCUCUUCCAAAAUUUAUAUUUAAACCGCCAAAGAGAGUAACAGCAUAUCCCGGGAAAAUUUUGAAGCUGAACUGCAGUGUAACUGGAGAUGGGCACUCAGUGAUUAGCUGGAAAAGACAAGAAGGCGAACUGCCCGCGGGGAGGAGUUUUAUAUCAAAGGGAGGACUGGUUAUCACAGAUCUACAGCGUCAAGAUGCUGGAAACUAUACGUGUAUUGCUACAAUAGCAGGAAAACGUUUCACCGAGGUUUCCACUGCUGUGAAAGUUAAAGAAAGCUGUUCAGCAGUCAUAAAGACUGUUGGUACGCCUGUCCUUCAUCUUUCACGACGGACCACUCAAGGAGCCUGGAUGAAGGACCCGCUUGGAGUUAUGGGAAAAGACACCAUAUUUGUAAUGAAAUUUUAUUCUGGUAGAAAGGUGGUUGAAGAAUAUGAAAACAUAGCAAAGUUAAAGAUAGGCGUGACUCGUAAACAGUACAGUCUGCCUCACAACUGGCACGGGACGGGAGCAGUGGUAUAUGGGUCAUACCUCUACUACAACAGAGCUGGAACAUCUUACAUAAACAGGUAUAAUCUGCAGACAGAGCGUCUCGAGGGCACUGUAACACUUAGUGAUUUCACACCCGGGACCCACUACCAGUGGGGUGGAUACAGUGGAGUGGACUUAGCAGUUGAUGAGCAUGGAUUGUGGGUGUUGUGGGGAAGUUAUAGUAACAACAAACGUCUGAAAGCGGCAAAAAUCGACGUAAAUAGCAACCGAAUAACGCGAACGUGGGCCUUGAACACAGAACCAAUGCAGUCAAUUGGCAAUGCUUUUGUAGCCUGUGGAGUGAUUUACUGUAUUGACAGUUGUAACGGGAAUCCCACGACCAUAAACUUUGCCUAUGACACUAAAACAGGAAAACAUUGGAAUCCGAACAUACGGUUUAUAAACCAGUACGGCUAUAACUCCAUGGUGGAUUAUAACCCCAAAGAGAGACUGCUGUACGCUUGGGACCUUGGGAGACUCGUUACUUACUCCCUCGCAUUUCAAUAAACCGAGAGGAUCAUGGAGGUCACAAGCAUGCUCGGUUUACUAUUUAGGGGACAUUUUAUUAAUAAUCAGAUUACUUUGAUGCAGAUCCAUAAAUUGCAACGAAAAAUGAAGCAUUGUCACAUUGUAAAAUUAAUGGGACGAUUCAGUGGGAUGUUUUGUGACAAAAAAAUUCCGGCCUAGAUCCGUAAGCCAGAUACCGCUGAUAGUCACAUUAUCUACUUGAUUUGUUGACUGUAGUUUCUUCAGGAGAUUUCCAUAGAAUUCGAACUUAAACGAUUUCAACUGAGUAGUUUUUUGUGAAUGUGUAAAUCAGUGUUGCUUAUUUGAAAAUACACAGGAGCAAACUUGUUAUCGUA